AUGCGCCGCCUCUCCCACAACCAAAAGCACCGCCUCCCAGGCUGGGCGAAAACGGCAGAGAGUCGCGACGUCUAUAUCAAAAACCACGACCCGACUUCCCAAGAGCGCAGUCCAGGGGACUACGGCAUCGGCAACUUCUCCUACUCCAUGCACCACCUCAAAGAACACCAGAUCCAGGGAGACGCGGCGCACUUGCGACCACACAAGCUGCUCAGGGACUGGGACGACUUCACUUACGCGGAGGCCGCCAUCAUGACCGCCGUCGACCGCAUCCAAGGCCUGGACGAGGACGCCCCUCACCGCACGAACCCGCGCAGCUCACACUACCACCUCCUGAGCCGCCGCCCGUCUGAAGAGGGUCCAACGACAACAGGCGCAGACUCCACCGCAUCCUCCUUCUCCCUCCUCACUCCCACGACUACCAACAUGACGCCGAUCCCAGAGUCCCUCACCUACAAGCUCCCGCUCCAGCACCCGAAGCCGUAUGUCUCAGUCGACAUGCGCGGCCUCGAGUCCCCACCCUUCACGCCGGUCGACUCCCGCGCGGUCAACACCCCAUACCACAACACCUCUUUCAACGCCGACACCGAGAAAAGCACCGCCCCGGACCUCCUCCUCGUCAACGGCCAACUCAUCCCCCUCUCCGGCCGCCGCCCAUCCACCACCACGACCCGCGCCCCCAACGAGCUAGCCUGGGAAUCCUACCUCAGCACCCUCGAAGAAGAACUCUGGGGCCUGCGCCACAAUGACCUCAUGCGCCUGAAAGGCUACCGGGACAGCAUGAAAAGCGAGCUCAAGUGGCUGCAAGUCGACGGCAAGAUCUCGCGCGAGGAGGAGUGGGAGUUCAACAAGUGGCUGAACGGGAAAGUGUAUACGUACCAAACGCUGGUAGGGGGGAUGGAGGAGAAGAUCAAGGCGACGAGUUGUGGGGUCACGACGAUGGCGACGGAUGAUGGGGAGAAGGGGGUGCCGGCUGCUUAG